AUGGAGAGAAGAAGCGAUAUUAUGGAAACAGCUACCAAAUCCGGACAGCACGUCUAUCGCAUGGUGCACCAUUUUCAGAAAUAUGCUAAAAAGUGCAUUGAACUUGGUAUUCCAGCACCAUUUGCAGCAGAAUUGACGAGAAAUGCAUCACAAGCAUUGAAAGAUUCGGGAUUCGAAGAUAAGAAGAAACUGUGUCAUUGCUUUCGAUGUAAUUUGGAUUUGACUUCUACAAAGACUGUUUCAUUCAGAUUGUCAGUGCAUAAAAGAAAAGUGAAAAAAAGCAAAUGGAGAAAAUAUAAGAGGUCUCAGUUGAUAGUGGUUUGCAAAGGAUGUGGAGCUGAAAUGAAAGGUGGCGCCUUUCAUGAAAGAUUGACAAUUAAAGAAUGUGAGAGAAGAGAUAUAAAUACAUCUUUUGAUCAAAGUUUGAGAGAAGAAUCACGAAGAUCUUCAGUACAAUCUGCUUUUUCUACACCAAGAACUUCAUUUCGAGAAACUCCAAUUUCCAGGCAUGUAAUGGAAAGGAAAAUUUCAUCUUCUGGACGUCGACGAAAGCUGGCAUCGAAAUUGCAACGUGUUCUGGCUAGUCAAACACCGAUACGCAGAGGGACAAGUUUGCAGGAUUUUCUAGAAGUUUUUAAAACCAAUACUUGA